GUAGGGAAACCUUAGAGAGGAGAGCCGGAAGGAUAUAUUGGUUGUUAGGAAAAUGUAGGCUACCAGUAGAAAAUGACAUCCUCUGUUAAUAAGAUCUGAGGGCUUUCUGGGAAUUGUCUUGACAGAGAACCUGAGCUGGACAAAGCAGCCUUGAUCUGAGUGAGCCAACUGGCACAAUGAAGCUGUCAGGUAUCUUUCUGCUCCUCUCUCUGGCUCUUUUCUGCUUUUUAUCAGGUGUCUUCAGUCAGGGAGGACGGGUUGACUGUGGUGAGUUCCAGGACCCCAAGGUCUACUGCACUCGGGAAUCUAACCCACACUGUGGCUCUGAUGGUCAGACAUACGGCAAUAAAUGUGCCUUCUGUAAGGCCAUGGUGAAAAGUGGUGGGAAGAUUAGCCUAAAGCAUCCUGGAAAAUGCUGAGUAAAAGCCAGUGUUUCUUGGUGACUUGCCAGCUCUUGCGGCCUUCUUUUCUCACUUCUGCUUAUACUUUUGCUAGUGGAUUCUUUUAAUUCAUAAAGACAUACCCACUCUACCUGGGUCUUGAGGAGUUGAACGUAUGUCUAUUUCUCUUGAUUCACUUGUCAAUAAAGUACAUUCUGCAAAAGCA